AUGGCGAAUAAGAACGAUUUGACCCUGGAGUCCAUCGAGCGUUUAAAACAUCGUUAUUGCAGAAAUUCGGAGGCGGAAAGCAGGAACGGCGCCGUGGGACACUCUGGGGACUUUGAAGAUCAGGAGUCUACAAUAACCUCAAUCAAAAUUAAUUCGAAAAUCAACUCCCCCAUCAAUGGUGCUCUGGAUAUAUUGUCAAGAAAGAAGUGUUCACUUUCUACUAUGAAGUCACCUGUAUCUGGUCUUACGUACAUUGGGAAAAAGCACUAUAACAGAAUGUUACGUAACCUGUACAAGACAAAUCUUGACUCUGCAUGGGUUAAUGAUCGUUAUGACCAUGCUUAUAGCUCAGAUCAAGUGUUAGAAGGAUACUUCAGUGAGGAAGAACCCACAUUGCACACAAGACAAGAUACUGAAACACUGUUUUUCACAGAAACUGACGUUACUUUGCCUUCCAACCUAGCUGCUGCCGAUUUUACAUCGACUUCAGUUCCUCCUUAUACAGAUGACAACGUUAUAGAAUCAAAAAAGAAAGAAUGCCUUUCAGAAUCAUGGGAAGAUGACUGCUAUUUGCCACCUGAUAUAAUGCAAAUUUACAAUGAGCUGACAUUCGUACGGCAGCACUUACAGAAAGAAAGUAUAGCACUACAGGAGUACAGACAUCAGCUGCAAUCACAUGAACAACGUUUAGCAAACCGUGAAACAUUGCUGUUCAAACAUCAAGAUGCAUUAACAAAGUUAAGAGGAGUAGAAGAAGAAGUUCAUGCUAAAUUUCAGAUUAUGAAGGAGCAACACGGUGCAGAAGUCAAUCAACUCACAAAUGCCUUAAAGGAGAAGAUAAAAGAAAACAAGAGACUUAAAUCCUCCUUUGACACAUUAAAGGAAUCAAAUGACUCCUUGAAAAAACAGAUUAAUGAUAUAAAGCAGCAGAAUAAGAAGUUGGAAACUCAGGCCAAAAAGGUGCAAAAUCGUUUAGAAAAUCUACAAAGAAAGUAUGAGUUAUGUGUGGCGCAGAAACAUCACGAAAGGGUUUCCACAGACAUGAAAGGGAUAAGUUUGGAAAAACAGGAAAAAAUUCGGCCUCUUCGUAGAACCAAUCGACCACCUUUAAAUAACAAUUUCUGUGAAUUGUUCGGUAUGCUGCUGGACUGGAUCUCUGAUGGUUGCCUUUGUUAUUUGAAUCCAGAAGAUGAAAAUGAUGUUCAGAAGUCAUUGGGUCUCAAUUGUUUACCUAAAAAAUCUAUUCAAGAGAAGUGCGUAAAGAUCUUACCCCUCAUCACCGCACAAAUUCACUUGAUCCCAUCUGGGGAUAUCAAAUUGCAGCUCUCACUGGUAAAGUUCCUUUACUGGACUUUAAUGCAUAUAGACAGAGAAGGAAUGCAAAAGAGGAUGAUUCCUUCAACUUUGCGAAGACUAGGAGAAGAAUUAUUCCGAGGAACAGUGACUCAGAUAGAGCUGGAUGGUUUUUUGGAGUCUGCUGCAGAACCCAAACCUAAGGCUUCUGCUUUCUUCAGGAGCUCUGACCUUAGUGUUCGAUUUUUAUCAGCCCUCAGCAUCCUCAAAACAAUUACACAAGUUGAUUAUCUGGCUCAAGCAUUUGACGUUAUUUUUAACGACCUGAAGACAGAUGAAGGCAAAGCUUUGUUCUUGAAGUACCGGGCUCUGCCGAUUAUUCUUUGUUACUUGAAACCUUCUAAUAAGAGCCUGUUAUACAGUGCUGUUGAUAUCAUUCUACAGAUGACAGUGGAGUCAAGGUAUUUGCAGCAUUUUCUUCAGGCAUGCAGCAAUGAAACCUGGUUCCUCACUUGUUCUAUGCUUCUGAGAAACUCUAAACUGGAGGUACAAUUAAUAGAGAAACUCAGCGUCAUCCUACAGAAACUCUCUAAAAUAAAGAGCAAUAAGAAAUUAUUUGAAUUGUUUACAAUCCACAUCCUGAUUCAAGAGUUACAUAGGACGACAGAUCCAAAGCAUACUUUCCUGGCUGUCAACUUGCAGUCCAUUCUGUUUAACCUAGGCAUGACUAAAGGCACUGUUUUAAGCAGUGAUCUGGGCAACAGCCAAUCAAAUCAGUAAAUAAUUAUCAAUAUAGUCUUAAAAACUGCUGAUUUUUGUACUUUUAUCAUCACUGGUAAGUAUUGUGGUUCUAAUUUAUCAAUAAGUUACAAAUAUCGUAGUCAACAUUUGACAAAAGCAUAUUUUAGAGUAAGUUAGAGAAGGUGGUUGGUUAGCUCAAUUGGUUGGAUGGCUGGUUUGCGAUGCAGAGAAUACAAACAACCUGGUUUAAUUUCCCACUCUGGCUGAGGUUACCAAGUAAGAUUGUACUUCUGAACCUCUUCCCCUUGUCUGAGGUGUGGUGACCCCCCAGUUAAACCACUACCAGUCACCCCACAAAUAAGAGAGGAGCCCUGAGGUCCUGUAAGGCUUUGGCAACUUUACCUUUACCUUUAUGUUAGAGUAUGUAUUUUUAAAUACAACUAAAUCAGUAGGAAAAAUUCUAUUUUCCUGGGACAGUGAGAACUUUACAACAAAGCCUUUGGAAUGCAGCCCUUCUGUCUCAAUUCUGCCCCAGUAAGAAAAUUGUUAUCAUUUAUACCUCUUGAGUUCAACUGUAGAUUUGAUUCUCAUUAGAAACUCAUCUCUGCUGACAUGCAGUACCCACCAAAUGAAGAGUUGUUUCCUUUUCCAUAGGGCAUUAAAUCACAUUUCUGUUUGCCUGUUGAGGAUGAGGAGAGCAUAAUAUUAUCCUUGUCUACUGACCAACAUGUCUCCCUCAACUAAUACAACAAAAACAAAAGUUUGAUUAUUUGUCAAUGUUGCUGAUGCAAAAUGGCAGCUAAAUUAGUCUACAUUAUAGCCAUUAUGAUGCAACAUGGUUCAUAUGUUGAGCACAUUAAAAUGUUUCUGAAAGACAUAGGAAGGCACAUCAUGGAAUAUGCGCAUCACUAGCAAGGCAGCCAUUUGUUGCACUUGAGAAAGUAAAAGUGAGCCACCUUCUUGAACUAUUUCAGUCAAAGUAAAAUCACUUCUUAUUUCAUUGCUCAAAAUGUUUUAGUUAAAUGUAGUUGCUGCAUUAGGUUAUUGUGUGUGAAAUAAAUUCUCAAUGUUGUAUUAAAAUUGGGGAGUACAUUUAAAUUUUAUUUUCCUGCUCUCCCUCUGGUUUUCAUCAUUUAUGCCAGUUCACAGCUGCUUGAACAACAAAGAGCAAUGUUUCAUUGCUUUCCAGGCUAAAAUCAGUUAACCAAAUGCCAAUCAAGAACUGGAAGUUUCUACUUUCCAAAAUCUAUGUAAUCAAUGCUCUAUUUGAUGCAAUUGCACU